AUGUCUAAGAACUUAAAUAAAUUCUCUACAUCAUCAAUCUCAAACAAGAUUAACGUUUCAAACCCAGUCGUUGAACUUGACGGCGAUGAAAUGACAAGAGUUAUUUGGUCUAAAAUACGUAACGAUUUAAUCCUUCCUUACCUUGAUUUGAAUAUCAAGUAUUAUGAUCUUGGUAUACUCAAUAGAGAUGCUACCAACGAUCAAGUUACUAUCGAUUCAGCUGAAGCUAUUAAAAAGUAUAACGUCGGUAUUAAGUGCGCUACUAUCACACCAGAUGACGCUAGAGUUAAAGAAUUCAAUUUGAAACAAAUGUGGAGAUCUCCUAAUGGCACGAUUAGGAAUAUUAUUGGUGGUACCGUUUUUAGAGAACCUAUUAUUUUACAAUCAGUACCAAAACCUAUCCCUGGUUGGACCAAACCUAUUGUUAUUGGUAGACACGCUUUCGGUGAUCAAUAUCGUUCAACCGAUUUAAUCGCUGAUAAACCCGGUAAACUUGAAUUAGUUUAUACACCAGAAGGUGGUGAACCACAAAGGUUACAAGUCUACGACUUCAAAGGUAGAGGUGUAGCUAUGGCAAUGUAUAACACUGAUGAGUCUAUCAUCGGUUUCGCGCAUUCUUCAUUCCAAACUGCUUUAGCUAAAAAGAUGCCUUUAUACAUGUCAACUAAGAACACUAUUCUCAAAAAGUAUGAUGGUAGAUUCAUGGAUAUCUUCGCUGACGUUUACGAAAAUCAUUAUAAGAAACAAUUCCAAGAAGCCAAUAUCACUUAUGAACAUAGACUAAUUGACGAUAUGGUUGCACAAUCAGUCAAGUCAUCAGGUGGUUUUGUCUGGGCAUGUAAAAACUACGAUGGUGACGUCCAAUCAGACAUUCUCGCUCAAGGUUUCGGUAGCUUGGGUAUGAUGACUUCAGAGUUGAUUACUAGCGAUGGUAAAACCCUUGAAGCUGAAGCAGCUCACGGUACCGUUACACGUCAUUGGAGACAAUAUCAACAAGGUAAACCAACUUCAACUAACCCAGUGGCAUCAAUUUUUGCAUGGACUAGAGGUUUAGCUCACAGAGCCAAAUUAGACAACAACAACGAAUUAAAAGAAUUCGCCGAAAAUCUCGAAAAGAUCUGCGUCGACACAAUUGAUAAGGACGGUGUCGUUACCAAGGAUUUGGCGGUUUCAAUCCAAGGUGGUGUCCAAAACCUCCGUGAUGAACAUUUUGUCAACACAGACGCUUUCCUGGAACAUAUCAAAUCAAAACUUGAAAAAUCAAUUACCAACUAA